GCCAGGUCCACGAGACACGUUCGGCGGUACACGUUUCGGCCCAGUAACCUACAAAAUUUCUAAAUUGUGAAUGGGUGCAUUCGCGGCGAAGUCGGCCUGCGAAUGCAAUGCCAACGGCACGGGUGCGCAAUCUGGACAGGGCGCGGAGUGCGAGUUCUCCUCGAAGAGCCUGCUGUCCACGUGUAAGCCGGCGCUGAAGGCGGUGGUGCGAUCGAGAUGCGGUUUCCGGCGCAUGUUUAUUUCCCUCUUCGUUAUACUGAUCGUGAUGGCGGUACUUUAUUGCUGGAAUUGUCCACGAGCGACCGCGUUCCGUUUAUGCCUGAGGAAUCAAUUUCGCUAUGAAACGGAAGCCGCUCCUGCACGCCUCACCUCGACGAUGGAUGAAGCCCCUCUUCCAGCGGAUCAAGACACUAUUACACGGGAAGAAGACGCUAUUACAGACGACGAAGGCACUAUUACACCGGAAGAAGAAGCUGCUUCGGUGAUAGAGAUCGAAAAGCCCUAAGAACCAGUCGCAACACCUUCGAAGAACGAGAUUUUUCUAUAAAGAAGCUACGGUCUUUUCUUGGCGAUCUCUAUCGACAGCCGCGUGUCACCGGAAUUGUAAAUUCUAUGCAGAAUUCAUGGUUAUUUAAAUAACGUUUUCGCUAAUGAAUCGACUUUCUCGUAGAAUCGCGGCGACGGCGCUAGAAAUUGGUAAAACUGUGAAAUGGAUUGAUCGAGCAAAUUUUAUUAGAACGCUAUAAAUGGACGCGGUUUAAAAGAGAGAAGCGCUUGAUUUGUACGAAGACCUUUUCGAUAUAGAUAAAUGUAAUCAAAGAUGGAUAACAACGACCCCGAGUGACCUGUUCUGUUGCGGUUCCAUAUACGAAUACAAAUAAGACGACGUUUGUCUCUCUGUGACGGUUGAACUGGGAAAGAAAAAUUGUUGGUCCGUUUACUUUAAACAACAGACUAAUGAUUUCCACUAAUGUAACUAAACGUAACUAAUAUAAUUCGAUGGGCAUCGUCGUAUUGAAUAUGACUGUACAAUUCAUUUAAUCAUUUCAAUUCUAUAAAAUACAUCUCAAGUAUUACUUCGAC